AUGGGACAAGAUAACUCACACUAGUGGUGAGAGCUUGGAAUAUUUAAAGAGUCGGAGCAACCCUUGAACAAUCCCUCUUCUCUUUUGCCCACCCCAUCACAUACUUAUCACUCUUAAUUUCGACCAUAUUCGCGGUAUAAAAAUCAGAAGCUUCGAAAGAGCCGAUAAUAUCCAACCCUCAUCUUUCAUCAUGGCAGCUAUUGCUCAAGUUCCAGUUUCAAUUCCAGGCCUUCAUGUUUCUCUAACGAUUGAGGACCUCAAACAAUCGUCGCUGGUUUACAAUCUCCUGCCAGACGACAGGGAUCAGCCCCAUGUUCAGGAAGUCCACCUCCAGCAGCUAGCAGUCAUUCUCAAGCACUACGGCGUCCAGAAUAAGUUCGGUAUCCACCUUAUUCAUGGACACCUUCAGCUUGAGUCCGAUAAAAUCAUGCUUGGAACUGCCCUUACAUCGGUUCGAGGUUGUUGGACCAAGCCUACUAGCAUCAAUCAUAUUAACUUAGCAGAAAUCCAUGGCCACAUCUUCAAGCUAACGCCCAAGGGCGAGCUACAGGCAUAUGAGUACCGUGAAGGAUCAGUUAUGGAUCUAUCCGAUGUCGAUGCUGCGUUCUUUCAUGAAUUGACUGAGUAUCUUAAAACCAACAAUUUGGUGGAUCUUCUAGGGGUUCAAGUUCUUGGUAAAGAAAUCCCCGAGAUGAUGUGCGAAUUUGUCCUCCAAGACAAUGGGACUGUCAUGCUGGAUUCGAGAGAUGUGAAAGGCUGGUCACCUUACCGCACUACAGGCUUCUUCUAUGCGCCGGGCAUGACUAGCUUGAGCGGCGGAGAGAAGCACGCCAAGAAGACCAACGGUAAUCAUCAGGUAUUCGUUGACGGGAAGAUUGGCAAGGAGGAUCCCCUCAUGGAUGUACUUAGGGCUCAAGACAUUGUCUACUGAGUCUAUAUAUCCCCAGUUGGACCAUAACCUGGACGAUACAUUUCCUGGAGUCGCGCGGCACAAACUCUCCUAUCUACAGCACAUGAUUUUCAACACAGCACCUAAUUCCCCUAUCCACAGCACACUAUUUCUAGGGAUAUUCGCGGCGUUUUUGCACAAUACCUACCCUUCCACUCUCCUUAAACAUAAUCCACGGCAAUAAUUGCAGUAGAUAGUUUAUCAUCUUCCUUUUGUUUUGGCACUAUUAGGCUAGUAUUUAGCCCCGAGCGCUUUGUCUAAGAGUCAAGAAUUGGUCUAGCGCAUUCACGUUCGUUCUUCUAAUAUAAGUAUUACAUCCCCAA